AUGGCCGCAAAUGUUCAAAACCCUCAGCAGGCUGAUGGUGACUGGAAGAACAAGCUCAAGCUUCCUCCAAAGGACAACCGUGUGAAAACGUCCGAUGUGACGAACACGAAAGGGCUGAGUUUCGAAGAGUUCUGCCUCAAGAGGAAUGUUCUCAUGGGGAUCUACGAGAAGGGUUGGGAAAACCCGUCGCCGAUUCAGGAAGCGUCGAUUCCCGUUGCUCUCUCUGGACGCGACAUCCUCGCUAGGGCCAAAAACGGAACCGGCAAAUCUGGCGCCUAUCUUAUUCCUCUCAUCGAAAGAGUGGACCCUAACAGCGACAAAGUACAAGCAUUGGUGCUCGUCCCAACUCGAGAACUGGCCCUCCAAACUUCUCAAAUCUGCAUCGAAAUGGGCCGCCACUGCGGCAUCAAGGUCCUGGCCACCACUGGCGGUACCGACUUGCGCGAUGACAUUCUCCGAUUGGACAAGACCGUCCACGUCAUCGUCGCCACGCCCGGCCGAAUCCUCGAUCUCAUUACUAAAGACAUUGCCAAGGUCGACGCUUGCAACAUGCUGGUUCUUGACGAAGCCGACAAGCUUCUGUCCGACUUUUCAAGCGCGUUGUCGACUCUAUCGUUCGAAAACUUCCCGUCUCUCGUCAGAUCCUCCUCUACUCUGCUACUUUCCCUCAAUCCGUCAUGGUCUUCAUGA